UGGCGGAGGGGAUGUGAUUGGCUCUCUCUGGUUUUGUGUAUGUGUGUGUGUUGGUGGAGGAAGUGUGUAAGCUGCAGGAGUGCGCUCUCGCCGGCUCCGGUAGCCGGCGUAGAAAACAUCAGUCAUCUUAGCGAGAGCGCCGCUGCCCCGAUGACUCCGGCUCCCGCUCCUCUGCCUCCUUCUCAUCCGUUUGUUUCUUCUUCUCCUCUCUCUGCAGAAGCCGCCGCCAGCCCCUCGCUCCCCACGCCAAAAGCUGGACCCGCCUCACCAGAUCUGAGCCGACAGUUCAACGACAUACCUUCCUGGUUCAACAGGCAGAGAAGCUCAGCUUUCAGCUCAGAUCCAGUAGGUGACUCUCUGGCAGGCGGACAUGGCAGACGGCAGGCAGCCAGAAGACCAAUGGGCCGCCAACGGCCAGGAGAACGGAGAGAACGGCUACUCAUCCUACGGCUACCGGGAGAACGGCUACCACGCUGCGGCGGCCGCUCCGCCUCCAGUAACAGUGGACGACUCGGCCAACCUGCCUCCCUCCCCUCCCCCAUCUCCAUCCGCUGAGCAGACUGGGCCCCUGGGACAAGAGGAGAAAGUAGAGGUUGUCAGUCAACGGCCUCCAGUGGAGGAAGUGGCAUAUGAGCAACCAGGAGACUUGCACGUAAAGCAGACAGAUUGUUUAAGGGAGUCCCAGGCUUUGGGUUACCAGAGAACCCAAACACCUGAGGCCGUCAAUGGAGGAGAUCACCACGGUGAACAGAGCCCGACACAGACAGCCCAGCCAGCGGAGAGCAAAGCAUCUAGUGAGUCUGAGGUGCAAGAAGGCGAAUGUCCUGUAACGUCUGAAGAAGAACUUGCUUCGAGUAAACAUCCCACUACUUCAGAGAAAGAUCUCUCGGAGGGGUCCUCAACCAAACAGACUGAUAAAGACAGAGGAGAUAACACAGAAGAAUCCCCUGAAGACUGCAAGCCUUUGGAGUCUAAAGUCAAGGACCAUAAAGAUGUUUCGCUGACAGAAGAUGCGGCAAGUCUCGAAACAGAAAAUAAUGCCGGAGUUAUGUUACCCAAGAAAUCACAAGCUCCUUUGAAUGAAAGUACUGAGAAGACUGAGGGAGGAGAAGCAACAAGUCAGGGCAACGGGGACAGUAGCAUUCAGAAAGAAACAGUCCAGUUAAAAGAAGAAUCAGAUAAAGAUUCAAAGACUUACUUUGAGACUACAUCAAAAAGUCAAGAAGAGGGAUUGUCACAAGGCUAUUAUGAACUCAGUUUAACCUCAGAGAAAGGGUUAAGUGUAGAUUAUGACAGAGCUCUGGGUCAAUUUGAAGGACGAGAGAAGAAAAAUGUGAGAAUAUCACCUGAUAAAGCACUGUUAGAGCAACGCAGACUGUCCUUGAACAUUCCUAGUGGGUCUUCGACAGAAACGACUGUAAAAGUAGACAAGUCGAGGAGAUUAUCUGAAAGUUUGUCUCCAGUCAGCGGAAGUUUUGAGGGGACAGAAGUUCCUCCAUUAACCCCAUUUGUUGAGAUGCAUACUUCACCACUUCAACCUGUAGUCUCCAUUAUCCCAACACCGACACCAUCUGAUAGCAUCCAGACAAUGGAAGACGCUUCUGCUGAGGGGCAUGGUUCUAGCUCUGACCAAUCAGAAAGCCUUUCUGAUAUGUUGGACUUGGCUGGGGUCCCACUUCGUCCGUCAAUACAGAUAAGGGACCACAUGAGACGAAAAUCAAUGCCAGCCAGUGCACUCCUCGGUAAUGCCUUUGACAAGCUGAGUCUAUCGGAACAAAUUUUGAUAAAGGUGGCAGGGGAGAAUCAACAGGAAGAGUUUGGCUACUGCGUGUUCAGUGAAUACUCGGCACCCAUGCCUUCUCCAGCCGAUGUACCAAAUCCUGGAGAUUCUCAACACCAGCACUUCCCUUCUUUGGGUUCUGAAGAAGAAGAGGUUUCUAAAGUUGUGGAAAUUGAAGAUGGUCAAACUCAAGUGCAACAAAAAGAUCAGAAAGAAAUUACACAGGUUUCUCAAAAACAUGUGUUGGAAAAGAAAGAUCCACCAGUAAAGACCUCCUUGAUUCUGGAGAAAGCUGUGACUAGUGGAUUAAAACCAGAUCGCUUACUAAUCCCAAUGACGGCUUCGAAAGACCGUCUUACUGAACUUCGUCUGGAGACUGGUCUACCUGGGGACAUAAAGAUCCAGGCAAUCCCUGAGGUGGAUGUCGAAAAAGACCCCUCUAGAGAGGCCUCACCCAUCCCACCAGACAACUCCUUUACUUUCACUCCUGCAGAAACCGGAAGUAGAUUUCCCCUGAGUCCCAUCAGCCCCAAGUCUGAAGGAACCCUAGUAACUCAAGGCGGUGAGCCACAGGGGAAAGAUGAUAUGCCCAACAAAUCUUCAGAAUCCAAGAGUGUUGAUGAAGACCUGGAGGCAAACAAAGCGAUGACAAACACUGAGAUUGUAGAUCAACAAGAAAAAGCUGAGGAAGCUGACAGAACCACGACAGCAUCAUUGGAGCCUUUACAAGAUCAUUUGGAAGAAAAACCUUUAAGCUCAGGAGAAAUAGAAACACAAACACCUUCAGAUGUUUCUCAGCAUUUAAGCAUUGAAAAGGCAGGAGGUGAAAAGACUCCCCAAAUCCAAUUACCAGAGUUAACGCUAACAAAAGACUCAUCAAGGCCACAAGUAUUAUCUCCAAUCAUUGUAAUACCUCAAGCACAAGUAGAUGAAGAGGUCGAAGAGGAGGAUGACAUUGAGAUUGCGGAAGAGCCUCAAGAGAUUAUGGAAGAACCUGAAGAGAUUCUGCACUCCAAGAGUAAUAUAACAGCGGAAAGUAUACCUGAUAUACCUGAAGUGGAGGAGCAGAAGGACCAAAUGAGACUGAUGGUUUGUGAUAAGAUGCUGGACGAUGAUCCCAAGUCAGGAGCUGAAGAAUGGAGCCAUAGUGCCCUAAACAGCGACGAAGGAGAGCCUGCUACAGAUAGUUCACACUUGUCCCCAUGUUCUGACCAUGACCUAUUACAGCAGUCUGAGGAAGGUGAUGAGGAGGAUAAAAAGGAAGAGGACCUGCAGGUAGAUAAGAUGGAAUGGACAAAAGAAGAGAAUGGAGGGGUAAAGAAAGAUGAAACUUAUCAAGAGGAAGUGGAAGGAGUUGAUUGUGAUGCAACUGGUGAUGAAAAAGAGAAGAAGGUCCUGAUUGAAGAGGAUGGAACCAAAGAGAAAGACAUAGAGAUUGGUGAAGAAGCAAGUCUGGCAACUAACGAUGAAACCACAAUGAACGUGUCCAUCCUGGAUACAGACAGUAGCUGGAUGGACCCUCAAGAUGAUGACAAAAGUAUCAUGACUGAGCAAAUCGUAGCCCUUCCUCAGACACAGAGUUCUACUGCUGCAUCUACGAUGGUGGACUGCCCUGCUAAACAGUUACCCGGCAAAGGAAGGGGCCGCCUUGGCACUGCUGAAUGCAGAGUGACACGCAAAGCACCUACCUACCAUCCGCCAAGAGAGGAGAUAAGAAAGAAAAAAGUAGGCGUGAGGAGGGCUGACCAGAGUAAGGUGUCAGCCCUCCAAAGUCGCUCUCCAUCUCGAAAGAGUGGAGCCAAAGUGGCGGCCAGACAUCCUAGGCCUGCUCCGCUUCACGGCUCUGCUAAGCGCAAGGCCACAGGUGAACACCUUUCGCCAGGUAUGGCACAACACCAGCCACUCAGUGUGGCCCAGCCGUCCAGGGAGAGGCCCACUGAGAGAACAUACCGCAGCCCGGAGAAGAGGUCAUCCCUUCCUAGGCCGGCCAAGUCUCUGACUCGCCAUAUUCCUGCUGCUGAGCAAGAGGACAGCACCCCCUCCAGGCCAACCUCGAUCCGAACCGACUCCAGAGGAGACGGCAGGUCUGGAAGAGCCCCUAGUAUGGCAGGCACAGACUCAGCCCGGUCUCGGUCGGUCCGCAGUGGCGCCUCCACCCCAGGGUCUGCUGUCACACCCGGCACACCGCCCAACUACUCCUGCCGCACCCCGGGGUCGCGCACCCCCGGCAGCCACACGCCUAAGUCCUUCAGCGUCCUCCAGGAGAAGAAGGUGGCAGUGAUCCGGACCCCUCCCAAGUCCCCUUCGUCAGUCCAGCGGCAGCUGAAGGUCAUCAACCAGCCACUCCCUGACCUGAAGAAUGUAAAGUCCAAGGUCGGGUCCACAGCCAACCUCAAACACCAGCCGAAAGGAGGACAGGUUCAGAUUUUAAGUGAGAAGCUGGACUUCGCUCAUGUUCAGUCAAAGUGCGGCUCCAAGGAUAAUCUGAAGCACACGCCCAAAGGAGGCCAUGUCAUGAUUCCAAGCGUUAAGCUGGACUUUAGCCACGUUCAGUCUAAAUGUGGCUCCCUGGAUAAGGUCCACCACGCGGCCGGCGGGGGAAACGUUCAAAUCCAGACCAAGAAGAUCGACUUGAGCCACAUCACCGCCAAAUGUGGCUCCAUGUCCAACAUUCAUCAUAGACCUGGGGGAGGACACAUUCGUAUCGAGAACAUGAAGCUGGAUUUCAAAGAUAAGGCUCACGCCAAGGUCGGCUCCCUGGACAAUGCCAGCCACAUGCCUGGAGGAGGGAAUGUCAUGAUCGAGAGCCACAAGCUGAGCUUCCGGGAAACGGCCAAAGCUCGCGUGGACCACGGCGCCGAAAUCAUCAUCACCCAGUCCCCCGGCGUGGAGACGGGGGGCACGUCUCCCCGCCUGUCGUCCGCCGGCAGCAUCAACAUGAUGGAGUCGCCCCAGCUGUCCACGCUGGCGCAGGACGUCACGGCCGCGCUGGCCAAGCAGGGCUUAUGAGCUUUCGGUCCGCCCCCCCCCGUCCUCCUGUUAUUGUGCCCUCCCCCCCAUAGACAUCCAGCGUCGUCGCUUCAGUGCAACAUGACCCCCAACACCUCAUAACCCCCACAGUUGGAGUCGAUCAGGUUGUCGUUCGCCCAUUCGGAUUUUAAAGACUAGAUUCUGCCGCCUUUCAACGGGAAGCCUCUCAGUUCUUCUAUCCUCAACUCAAAUAUGGAUGUUCGUUUCAGAUCCGAUAGGCCGAAGGGUCGAUUGUCUCAGCAAGUGGUUUUUACGAUUGUAUGACGAAUUUUUUGAAGCGCGUCGCCACAGCCCUCCAGAAUUUAUACGGUACCGAAUGCGAUUUAUUGCUACUAGAUAAUUAAUGUUGUCUUAAAGGGUACAAACGUAUGAGAGACUGACGGGAAAAAUGCGAAAGAGUGGCAGACAAGUGGACAUGUCUGCUGAAAUGUGACAUGAGUUUGUCUUUGUUCAUCUGUUGGAUUUUAAUGUUUUCUUGCUCUGUUUUCUUUUUUUUUUUUACAUAAAUGUUACUCUAGUGUUACCGUUUUGUACCUUCCCUGUGGCUGCUCUGGCUUAUUGGCGAUAAUAAUAACCAUGGCAGUUGUGUAAAAUGUCGAGCAAUGAACAGCUAGCUUUAUAAUAGGCUUUCUUAUUUCUUUUUAGUUGUUCCCCCCAACCCCCAAAGCUGCCUGUUUACGUUCGUUUUUAUAUUUGCGCUGUAGUUUUACAAGGUUACACAAUACUGUUGUGCUGGCAUGGCAACAAAAAAACAAAAAAAUACCGAUUAAGUUCGAGCUAUUUGCAGCUAUUUUAAACUUUUUAAGUUUGAACAAAAACGGCCCGGAUACAAUCCAAGUCAGGCCUGAAUAAGCCUUGUGAGCCUCCUUGUUUUUGCUAAAACACUGGGUGGUACGAUGUGUUCAAAUGGGUUAAGAGCCCAGAGUUUAUUCAAAUUAAGUGUGAAGUAUGAAGCUUUAUAUGAAAACAUUCCUGUGGGGUAAAGAAGAUAAAAUAAAUGUGUUGGUUUUGAUCGUUGCUGGAAGUCCAGAAGAAAGAAAAAUAGAGUUCUUUUUCUUUGUUAAAAAAAAAAAAAAAAAAAAGUAAAACGAAACUCUUCUAUCAGAUUUUUGCUCUCCUUUGUGGAACCCUUUUUGCCCCCCGGUGUCAGGAACCCUCCCGUCCCCCCGCCACUGUUUCCCCGUGCUUCCUCUUCCUCCAUCCCCUGUUUGCCUGUGUAAGUGUAUUUAAAGAAAUGUAGAUGUGUGUGCACUAUUUCCAAUGUUUGAGAUGUACUGGUGAUGACAAAUGCUCCGACAAAAUGACGACCGCAUAAAUAAAGAAAAUAAAAACCGA